AGCGCGGGCAUGUACACCACGUGCUGAAAACGACCGCGUUGUCGUGUUCAUCACGAUGACGGUUGCUGUCAUCGUGUCGAACACGACAAAGGUGGCACACCCCGACCCCGCCGUCGUGUUAGAUGCGAUGACGGUCACUCUCGUAGCCGCCAUGCCGGUGGUAAUGUUCAGCAUGCGACGGUCGAACGCGGACAUUAUCGCCACCAAAGCACCGUCGCGUUCAACAAGCAGGCGGUCGCUCAUCGUCAUCUUCAACACGACGGCGGUGGACAUGACCGCAUUCUCCAACACCGUGUUGCUUAUGAGGUGUGGAAGGAUGAGUCGAAGAGACCAGGUUCCAACAAUUUAUGCAUCAUUAUUGACGAGCAAUGGGAAUAAGGAGUCGUUGUUUGUUGGGCCAGCCAAUGAGCUUCCAAAAGCAGAGCUCGACCCGGUUGUGGAUGUCGAAAAGGGUGAAUUCGUUCUCUUGCGUCCUUCGCAAGAUGAUAUUGAUCAGGGAGUUCCCGUGUGGACGGGUCUUUGCUUUGGUCUACUGCAGUUGAAGGAGAAGUCCUACAUAAAGGACUCAAUUUUCUGUUAUCACUCGAUAACAGGAGGCCAAAGGAUUGAGAGGGGAAGAGGACAAGGAGAAGGAGGAGAAAGGAGGAAGGAGGAGGACGAGGGGAGACGAGGAGGAAAGAGGAGGAGGGAGGUGGAUGAUGAGGACAAGAAAAAAGAUGUCGUGCCACGACAGGAGGAGAGGAGGAGAGGAGGAGGGAGGAGGGAGGCGGAAGGAGGAGGAGGGAGGGGGAACGAGGAGGGCGCGGACGAUAAGAAUCACAAGAUGAAAACAUUAAUCGCGUGCCACAGAGGAGGAAGGAGGCCCAAGGAGGAGGGAGGAGAGAUAACGAGAGAGCGAGGAGGAGGGAGGGAGGGAGGCGAAUCAUGCCCUUGAAGAGACGAAUUUGUCAAGUUCGAGAAGAAGAACCUUAGAGGCCCUCGAAUUUGCGAAGCACAGGCGUGUAAGAGCUUGUGGAGUUCCAGAAAUAUGUACUUUGCCUACUACAUUGGUUUUUUGUACGUUCUUUUGAUUGUUGAAGUCAUCAUGGAAUGGCAGAGUAGGAGAAGGGUGGGUGGGAAGUUGGCUGGAGUUGUUGGUGGCUGGCUUCGCCCCGGGAUCGGGUGCAAUAGUUUGGCCGGAGGCUCUAGCCGCACUGCCACCUGUUUGGAACCUCUGGAUAGGAAUCUCUUUCACACAUGCCGCGCGGCAGCUGUCAGCUGUGCGAGCUCUGGUCGCUGCGAAGAGAAUAAAUUUCAACAUCGUGGGCUUCCCUCCGUCACUGCUGGGCUUGUUGGUGCUGAUGGCAUCAGAGGCGGGAAUGUCGGCGGAAGGACGGAUUCUGUCCAAGCGUCGCCAGGAGCUACGGCUAUUGGCAGAUUGUUCGCAAGGCUCAGGCCUUCUGGCAGGGAAAGAAGGCAGCUUGUGAAGGAGCUGAUGUUGUUGCGGGCUGGCGCCUUUCGCUCCUUGGCCCCGUUUCGCCGUUCUUUCUCAGGUAUGGUUAACCCGAUCAAUGAGGAGCCAUGGAGGGAUGUUAUGGACAAGAUUCGCAACAUCGGUAUCUCGGCGCAUAUCGACUCGGGGAAGACGACCCUUACGGAGCGGGUGUUGUACUACACUGGCCGCAUUCACGAAAUCCACGAGGUCAGAGGUAAAGAUGGCAUCGGUGCCACCAUGGACUCUAUGGACUUGGAGAGGGAGAAGGGGAUCACCAUUCAAUCGGCGGCCACGUACUGUAGGUGGGGAAACCAUCAGAUCAAUAUCAUCGACACCCCUGGACACGUCGACUUCACCAUUGAGGUGGAAAGAGCCCUGCGUGUUCUUGAUGGAGCUGUAUUGGUUCUUUGCAGUGUUGGUGGGGUGCAGAGUCAAAGUAUCACCGUCGAUCGGCAGAUGCGUCGCUACAACGUCCCUCGCUUGGCCUUCAUCAACAAGCUAGAUCGAACGGGGGCUGAUCCUUGGAAAGUCAUCUCUCAGCUCAGGAGCAAGCUCCGUCUGAACUGUGCGGCUGUGGUCUUACCCAUAGGAUUGGAGGGGAAUUUGGAAGGGCUCGUCGACCUGAUCGGUCGCAAAGCGUACUACUUUGAAGGAAACCAUGGGCAGAACGUCACUGAGGCAGAGGUACCUGCAGGUAUGCUUGGUCUUAUCGCCGAGAAGAGGCAUGAGCUGAUUGAGAAAGUUGCGGAUGUGGACGAUGACCUGGCAGAGAAAUUCCUGACUGAUGAGGGCACGAUAACUGCUGAGGACCUCAAGAGGGCGAUCCGCAGGGCAACGAUUGGGUUGCACUUUGUUCCUGUUUUUAUGGGGAGCGCCUUCAAGAACAAGGGUGUCCAGGUCCUCCUCAAUGGAGUUAUUGAUUACCUGCCCUGCCCCACAGAAGUUCAAAAUUUCGCUCUGGAUCAGAACAAGAACGAGGAGAAGGUCCUCCUGUCUGGUUCGCCGGAAGGACCGCUUGUCGGGCUUGCGUUCAAGUUAGAGGAUGGGCGGUUUGGGCAGCUCUCCUAUCUGCGCCUUUACGAAGGCACGCUGCACAGAGGUGAUCCUGUCGUCAACUGCAAUUCGGGAAAGAAGACGAAGGUCCCAAGAUUGGUGCGCAUGCAUGCCGACGACAUGGAGGAUAUUCCCAGUGCACAGGCCGGUGAAAUUGUGGCUCUGUUCGGCAUCGACUGUGCAUCGGGUGAUACCUUUACCGACGGCUCUGUCCGGUACACGAUGACCUCCAUGCUCGUCCCCGACCCAGUUAUGUCCUUGGCCAUCACUCCAGCAACCAAGGAUGUUGGUCCACAGUUCUCGAAGGCGCUAAACCGGUUCCAGAAGGAAGACCCUACUUUCCGCGUAAGUUUAGAUCCUGACAGCGGGCAGACCAUCAUUUCAGGAAUGGGUGAGCUGCAUCUCGACAUCUACGUAGAGCGGAUGCGAAGGGAGUACAAGGUCGACGCAGUUGUUGGAAAACCGCAGGUUAACUUUCGGGAAACGAUAACUCAGCGUGCGGAAUUCGACUAUCUCCACAAGAAGCAGAGUGGAGGCCAAGGUCAAUACGGUCGGGUCAUUGGUUAUGUGGAGCCGCUCCCAGAAGAUUACGGGAAAAAGGUAGAGUUCGUCAACAUGAUGAUUGGACAGGCCAUUCCUCCAGGGUUUAUUCCCGCCUGCGAGAAGGGCUUUAUGGAGGCGGCGAACUGUGGAUCAUUGAUCGGGCAUCCCGUUGAAAACAUCCGUAUUGUGUUAACAGAUGGGGCAUCUCAUGCUGUGGAUAGCAGUGAGUUGGCCUUCAAACUCGCGUGUCUUUACGCGUUCCGGCAAUGCUAUCUCAAGGCGCGGCCAGUCAUCCUUGAACCCAUUAUGCUCGUGGAAAUUAAAGCGCCUAUCGAAUUCCAAGGGACCGUCAUCGGCAACGUGAAUAGAAGGAAAGGCUUGAUUGUUAGCAGUGAUCAAGACCAUGACGAUGUGGUGAUAAACGCGCAUGUUCCGCUCAACAACAUGUUUGGCUAUUCCACAGAUCUACGGAGUAUGACUCAGGGCAAAGGAGAAUUUACAAUGGAAUACCACAGUCACGGAGUUGUGCCGCAAGAUGUUCAGGCUCAACUUGUCAAGGACCUGGGCAAAAAGAUUAGCUGAGCGGUGCUUUGUUCGUCUCUAGCUUUGUUUUUUUAUCUCUUUUUAAGUUUUUCUCUCAUUCCUUGCUUCUACCUUAGGUGUACUUCUCCUCUGGUUUCCUCACGACUCUUUGCCUUGCCCCCUUUGUUUCCCCCCGAUGUUAGAUAUAUCUAUAUACAUGAGGACAGUCGCUGUGUCCGUCUCUCAGAUGCCGUUGCCCUGCUUGGCAGCUUGGCAGGCCACUUGAUCUAUUCAUUCAAUAUUGUCGAACGUGUUGCUUGCAGAAGUUUCUCAACUUCAAAAGAGGUACUGCUUUUCUUGUAAUAUUGAAGCUUGGUGACUGGGAUUCUUUCCGAAGGCGCAUCUUUGUUUUUUUUUUCAUCGUCGUUGUUGACCGAGGUCAUAGUGAAAUUUAAAGUAGUGGUGGUUUGUGCAUUGGCAAUCCUUCUUUUCAUGUGGUUUGAAGCUAGGAAGAUUGACACGCCCAGCGGUGCACCCGGGCCUGACGCCUGGGGUACAUGGGCCAAAUCUGGGCUCAUUUCUUUUUUUUGGAGAGUUGGCUGUCAAGGGGGAAAAGGGGGGUAUAAAUUAGUUUUAAAGGGGUUGAACCACCUGCCUCCCCGCCACGAAAAACCUUGGGGGACCGGAAGCAUAAUUUCAUGAAGGCUACCGGUACCAAAGUAUGGAGAACCGGCACAAUGGCAACAACGGAAAAUGCGUGCAACUGCCGCCGUGAUUGUUUUCGCUGUUGAAAAUAUUUUUCAAUUUUUUAAAAUAUUUUUCCUGGAAAGAUCACGACCUAAUCUACAGGCCCUCCAACUUUCAGGAUUCUUGACGCAUUCUUCUGAGCGCGAAAAAUCACUGAAGUUAGGAUACUUUUUCCGUUGGCCCACACGUCCAAGAGUGGCAAAAAUGGAAAAUGCACCGAAUUGGCACGGCGACCAUUUCAGCAUCAUUUUUUUUUGUUUGAACUUUUCAAAUAUUUUUCCUGGGAAGAUCAGGUCCUAAUCCGAGGGCCUUCCAAUUUUCAGGAUCUUCAACGCAUUCUUCUGAGCUGGAAAAAUCACUGGAGUUAGGGUACUUUUCCCAUUGGCCCACAUGUCGUGGAGUGGCAAAAAUGGAAAAUGAACCCAACCUGCACAG